AUUAAUUCCUGCAUCCGGACCAUAUACAAAUAUUUCUCGCUACCAAAAUUGUCGGUCACGAAUGGUAGGUAACGUACAUGUUUUGAACAUAACAACCUUUCAUCACCCAAGGAACUAUGACGGCACAGCAUGUUCGCGACAACACAGAACUCUUCAACAGCUGUUAAAAAAUCACGUCGGUCAACGAGCCCAAGAGCAGUAGAACUCAGAAGACUUCAAAAUAGAAUAGCACAGCGUAAACAUCGCCGAAAGAUUCGAGAAGCCAGCCAGGCACACCAACAAACAGACAGUACUUCUACAACAGAAGAGACCCACGACGAGAGUCAACAAAUCAGGAGCAACAAACCUUCCAACGCGCACAGUCUUUCUGAACAACAAAUAUCAACUGAUUCCAGUUCAAAUCAUCAAUCAAGGGCCCCCGAGUCUCCAAUUUCCGCGGCUUCCUGCCCAGACUCUCCUCCUUUCGACCCAUCGGCGAGCGAACUUGACAACAUGAUUAUGGCAGAGGAUAUGCUGGCCCAGCAAGAACAAAAUUUGUCACAUAUGGACUUGAUGAUGAAUAACGUGUCGGAAAAUGAGAACCACAUGCCUUUAUCAAGCUUCACACAUCAAAAUUGCACUUGCAACGCCGUAACAGGCCCCUGCUUUAACCACCUUGAGAAGAUACGCACACAAUUCAUCGCCGAGAUGGCAUCCCCCCUGCAAUUACAACAACAGCACCAAUAUCAACAGCAACAGAGCCAUCAUGGUGCUAAUUCCAACAUAACAAGAACACAUACGCUGCCUCCGUCACCAAGCAACUACAGCCACUCUACAUCAAGUGAGUCAAGUCAGCGGCCUAUUUAUCUUCCCAAUGGAAGCACACGCAUGGAACAACCUCCACAGUCACCUUCAGUUACAUCAAAAAGCAGCGAAUUCUCUUUCACCAUGAGAAAUCGCAUGCCCUUACCCCGAGAUCAUUCCCUUGCGGCGCAAACGGAUGCAUCACCAGAACCAUUAUCAAACAGAACACGGAUAUCUACGACGUCUGCGGCGGAAAACACACGUCGUUUCGGCAUUGUGCUUGAGGCGAUGUCGACAGCAGGGUUUCACGAUUUUGAUGCAAUGGCGUUGGCUUACUACACUGCUCGAUUUGAAGUGGGCAGCUUUCCGGCCAUGGCGCAGUGCGCUAGUCGCAGUCGUCGUAUGAAGACAAUGCUUCAGGAAUUGCAAGAAAACAGUAGUCAGUGGCCACGAUGGGAGUCUCGAGGGCUUCACGAAAGUGUGUCGCAAGCAACCAUUUCUCUCUGCUUGGAAGAGAUAGAGCGCCUGAACAAAACCCAAAUGCCCAACCGACCACUUCAAAGCGAGCCUGCAAAUUUCAUUACUGCCUUCGAGUCCCUGAUAGAGUCUAGAGGACAAGGCAACCUGAAUGUACUGGAAGAAUUGAAAAUGUCCGGAAAAGUCGAGGCAGCGCUAGACGAGAUGCCAUAUCUCCGGUCACUUCUUACUGAACUAGCUGGGCCGCGAGGCUUAUAUUGCGAUAGGAUAGCAAGGGUUGUAAUGGUGGUUCUUCUCUAUGCGAGAUGUACAUGAAAUCAGUAGUAAGAAAGAUAGUAUGUUCAAGUUUCGUUCCAUUAAGCUAUUGGGCUAGAGGAGCAUUUAUUCUUAUAAAAAGUAAGUUUAAGAGCGUGGGUAAAUAUUUUUAAUAAUCUAC